AUAUAAUUACAGAAAUAUUUUUAGAAUAUUUAAAUUCUAUUAGAUUUAUUUUUUUAUUUUAAAUAAGCGCAGCAAAGUUAUAGCUCAAUUUAAUGUCUAUAAAGAUUUUAGUGUAUGUAGGAAUAAAAGAGCGUUUCCUUGUAAACAAACCAAUGUUAUGACUUUUUAUGCAUGUUGAUGCUUCAAACAGCCAAUAAUCCAAUGUGUGUGCUGUGACAAGCUAGUCAAUGAUUAAUUGUCUUUGAGUUGCUCGGGAGAAAUGGGAGGAAGAGCCAGGUGGCAAGGAGAUGCUCCAGUGGACGUGGAGCCCGCCGACUUCCUCCCCGAUUUGAAGUAACUUUUUCCAGCCAUGUUGAAGUGGAAGCUAUUUAGAGUGAGGAACGCUCUGGUGAGAGAAUGCAUGGCCGAAUUCUUGGGGACUUUUGUCUUGCUGCUUUUCGGCUGCUCGGCUGCAGCGCAGGUCAAGACCAGCAGGGAGAUGAAAGGACAGUUUUUGUCAAUUAACAUGUCCUUCUCUGUGGGUGUGAUGUCAGCGAUGUACCUCACAAAAGGCAUCACAGGUGCCCAUCUGAACCCGGCUGUAACCCUCAGUUUCUGUCUGUUGGGCCAGGUGCCAUGGAGUAGGCUUCUGCCAUACUGGCUCUCACAGCUGCUGGGAGCUUAUGUGGCUUCAGGACUGGUCUACCUGGUUUAUUAUGACGCCAUCAUGGAUUUUAGUGGAGGAGUACUGACUGUGUAUGGCGUAAAUGAGACAGCGUCAAUAUUUGCCACGUAUCCCUCUGAGUUUCUCACUUUGGGCAGGAGUUUCCUGGACCAGGUAGUGGGCACCGGCAUGCUAAUGCUAUGUAUCCUGGGUCUGGAUGAGAAGAGGAACACUCCCGCUCCCAACCAGCUGAUUCCUGCUAUUGUGGCAGUGAUCGUCCUGGGCAUCUCCAUGUCCAUGUCGGGCAACUGUGGGGCAGCCAUAAAUCCCGCUCGCGAUCUAGGACCUCGACUUUUUACUCUGACUGCAGGCUGGGGCUCUGAAGUGUUCACAUGCGUCAAGGACCGGUACCAGUUGGGGACCACUGCUCUAUACAACAGCACCAAUCUGCUGUUUUUAAGGUGUUACAACUACUGGUUCUGGGUCCCCAUGGUAGCCCCCCUAAUCGGUGGUGUUCUAGGUUCUGUUGUUUACGUAAGCUUCAUCCACUGGCACCUUCCCCCUGACUCUGACACCCACAAAGACAGGGACACGCCCUCCAUCGACAGUGACGACGUCAUCAAGCAGCCUCCCGCCAAAGCCCUGAUUAGCAAAAAGCUAAAGACGGCUUCAUUCUGACACUUUCAUUCCCGGACUUUUUUUCUACAUUUUAUUCUGAGAGCCUGACAGACAGAGUGGAUGCAGCUCAUCUAAUCGUUUUUUUAUGUGUAUUCUUAAUUAUGUCUGCUGUCAAUCCAAAUGGCAGGGUUGUAUUUAUUUGUAUAUGCUGCAAAAAUAUGAAAUAAAUCAAUCAAUGAUUUUU